CAUGGCCACUGCUCGCAACGCCUCCCACGGCUCCACUACUGCCCUCCUCAACUUCGUCGCCCUCCUCUGCUCCAUCCCCGUGAUCGGUGCCGGCAUAUGGCUGUCCUCGAAGCAGGACAACGAGUGCGUCCACCUCGCCCGGUGGCCCGUCGUCAUCCUCGGCGUCCUCCUCCUCCUCGCCUCUCUCGCCGGCUUCGUCGGCGCCUACUGGAACCGGCCCGCGCUCCUCGCCGCUUACUUCUCCUGCAUGGCUGCGCUCAUCGUCAUCCUCUUCUCCCUCGUCGCCUUCGCCUACGCCGUCACCGCCCCCGACGGGUCCUACGCCGUCCCCGGCCGCGCCUACCGCGAGUACCGCCUCGCCGGCUACUCCGACUGGCUCCGCCACUACGCCCUCGCCCGGUGGCCGGAGAUCCGUCUCUGUUUAAGUGCGUCCGAGCUCUGCCGGGAGAUCGGCCGGGACCGACCGUACCUCACCGCCUAUCAAUUCUUCCACACCGAACUCUCCCCUCUCCAGUCCGGUUGCUGCAAGCCGCCGGCAGUGUGCGGAUACGAGUACGUGAACCCGACGCUGUGGGUGAACCCGAGCGAGCCAGUGGCGAGCUCGGAUUGCCUGAUGUGGAGCAGCGAGGACGGCCGCCUCUGCUACGACUGCGCCUCCUGCAAAGGCGCGUUGCUGGGGAGCCUCCGAUCCGAGUGGCGCAGGGCCGCAGUCGUCCUCGUCAUCGCCGCCGUCCUCUUCGUCUGGGUCUACGCCUUCGCCUGCUGCGCCUUCAACACCACCCGUAAGUAGUAGCAGCGUUCUUUCAGCUGGUUUUUCGUUGCCUCAAUAAAUAGAAUCCACACCAACUCGAACGGUGCAGUAGUAUUUAUUUACCUAUUUUGAGUUGUACCUAACAAAUAUAUAAAAAUUAAAAGAACCUUCUAAAUAAUAUAAAUCGUCAAGAAAAAAAAAACAAUUCAUCAACUAUUUUGUAUCUAAAUAGUACAACAAAAAAAAUUACCUUCAUCCUCCUGUCCAAAACUUGAUAAGAUGAAUAUUAAAAAUGUGACAUUCACGUUGAUUUUCUAUAGAUUUCACUCCAACCUAUAAUACAAAUGGUAUCAGUGUCGAGUCAGGAAAGGGAUCUCCGACGAUGAUCCUUCGACGUACAAAUCAGUCUCCGACGAAUAAGAAAAAGAAAGGAGCGGAGCAACAAAAAGGCUGUAGUGCAACAGUAAAAUAUCGCAUACUUCCGUUGAUGUUUGGACUCCCCUUUAUAUAGAGCUCUGGUAGCGUGUGUGUACGUUUCUCAAGGCAAGCAUGCAUCUCAAAGUUUUUCCUUGAAAAGAUCUGUCAAUAAAGUAUCUUUGACAUAGUACCUUAACGGUUCAAGCA